AUGUUUAGAGCUGUCGGUAGAAGAAACCUGGCUACAGUUAGUCGAAAUAUCCCCUCUGUUCCGGAGAAUUUGAGAGCAUACACUCCACCUUAUGCUAAAUUACUAAAUAACUUGGACAAAGUUAAGCAAAUACUGAACAAUGAACCAUUGACCUUGGCUGAAAAGAUUCUGUACUCACAUCUGUGUAACCCCGAAGAAUCUCUUACGUCCUCUAGAGUCGCAGACAUCAGAGGCCAGAAGUACUUGAAAUUGAAUCCUGAUAGAGUCGCCAUGCAAGACGCCUCUGCACAAAUGGCUCUUUUGCAGUUCAUGACCACUGGCCUAUCAGAAACUGCUGUUCCAGCAUCGAUCCACUGUGAUCAUUUAAUUGUCGGAAAAGAUGGUGAAACCAAGGAUUUGAGAAACUCCAUUAAGACCAACCAGGAAGUUUUUGAUUUCCUGGAGAGCUGUGCGAAGAGAUACGGCAUACAGUUCUGGGGUCCUGGUUCCGGUAUUAUCCAUCAAAUCGUGCUGGAGAACUUCUCCGCGCCUGGUUUGAUGAUGCUAGGUACAGACUCACACACUCCAAACGCUGGUGGUCUAGGUGCCAUCGCUAUUGGUGUUGGUGGUGCUGAUGCCGUGGACGCCUUAACUGGAACCCCAUGGGAAUUAAAGGCACCAAAGGUUCUGGGUGUUAAAUUGACCGGUAAACUACACGGCUGGUCGGCUCCAAAGGAUGUCAUCACCAUGCUUGCAGGUAAACUAACCGUUAGAGGUGGUACAGGCUACAUUGUCGAAUAUUUUGGAGAAGGUGUAGAAACUCUAUCAUGUACCGGUAUGGCCACAAUCUGUAAUAUGGGUGCUGAGAUCGGUGCUACCACAUCCACUUUCCCAUACCAAGCUGCACACAAGAGAUAUCUGGAAGCCACUGGUAGAGGUUUUGUUGCUACUGCAGCAGACGCCGCCUUGGCUAACUACAAUUUCCUAAGAGCGGAUGAAGGUGCUCAAUAUGACGAAGUAAUAGAAAUUAACCUAUCCGAGUUAGAACCACACGUAAAUGGCCCCUUCACUCCCGACUUGUCGACACCAAUUACUAAAUAUGCUGAAAGAAGUCUGGAAGAAAAAUGGCCUCAAAAUAUCUCCGCUGCAUUGAUUGGUUCAUGUACCAAUUCAUCAUACCAAGAUAUGAGUCGUGUGAUCGAUUUAGUCAACCAAGCUGAAAAGGCUGGUUUGAAGCCUCGCAUUCCUUUCUUUGUUACUCCAGGAUCUGAAGCUAUCAGAGCUACAUUGGAUAGAGAUGGCCUUAUUAAGAAAUUUGAAGAUAAUGGUGCCAUUGUGUUAGCUAACGCAUGUGGUCCUUGUAUUGGUCAAUGGGAUAGAGAAGAUGUUCCAAAGGAAUCAAGCGAGACCAACUCAAUUUUUACCUCCUUUAACAGAAACUUCAGGGCUAGAAAUGAUGGUAACAGAAACACCAUGAAUUUCCUAACCUCCCCAGAAAUCGUUACUGCUAUGAGCUAUUCAGGUAAUGCUCAAUUCAACCCAUUAACUGAUGCUAUUCCAUUACCAAAUGGCGGUGAAUUUAGAUUCAAUCCACCUGUAGGUGAAGAACUUCCUUCCAAGGGAUUUGAACACGGUAGGGAUAAAUUCUAUCCAGCAGGAAAAUUAAGUGCUGAUCCAAAUGUUGAAGUCAAAGUUUCUCCAACCUCUGAUCGUUUACAACUUUUGGAACCUUUCAAACCUUGGAACGGUAAGGAAUUAAGGACUAAUGUAUUGAUGAAGGUAGAAGGGAAAUGUACAACUGAUCAUAUUUCAGCUGCAGGUGUAUGGUUGAAGUAUAAAGGUCAUCUGGAGAAUAUUUCCUACAACACUUUAAUUGGUGCACAAAACAAGGAAACUGGCGAGGUGAAUAAGGCUUAUGACUUAGAUGGUACUGCCUAUGAUAUCCCUGGAUUGAUGAUGAAGUGGAAAGAGGAUGGUAGACCAUGGACAGUUGUUGCUGAGCACAACUAUGGUGAAGGUUCAGCAAGAGAACAUGCUGCUUUGUCUCCAAGAUACUUGGGUGGUCAAAUGAUACUUGUCAAAUCUUUUGCCAGAAUCCAUGAGACAAACUUGAAGAAACAAGGUAUGCUACCACUAACAUUUGCUGAUGAGGCAGACUAUGACAGAAUUUCUGGUGGUGACACUUUGGAGACUGUGGGCCUAAUAGAUUUAGUAGCUCAAGACGGUAAUAAUGGCGGGUUCCUAGAUGUCAAAGUAACUAAACCAAAUGGUGAAAGCUUCAUAAUCAAAACCAAACACACUCUGUCAAAGGAUCAAAUUGACUUCUUUAAGGCUGGAUCAGCUAUCAACUUCAUUGGUGAACAACGUAGAAACCACUGA